AAUCAAAUAAUGAUCUCAAAUCAAAACACGGAAUGUUUUAAACAAAAACUAAAAAUAUUAAAACAAAUUGUCAAAUAUACAAAAACAGUUGAAAGAGUGAAAUCAAAAGAAGAGACGCGGCGGAUAAGAAAAAAAACACGAAAAUUAAAAAAAAGAUAAAAUAUACUCGUAGUUAAAGUGAAAUAAUAAUUAAACAGAAAAAAAGUAAUUAAUAUAUCUAUGAUAAAUGGAAAAAAGUGUAAUUAACUAAUUAACGUUAGUGCAAAAAACAACGAAAAACAACAAAGUAUCGCUAAGAUGCCAAGCCCCAACAACAACAGUAGCAUCCCCACCGUCACUACUACGGCGGAAGAGGAAAAAUGUGCCAAAAUAAAACGUUUCAUAGUAUUUGGAGUUUUGGCCGCAUUGGCCAUUAUAGGCUGGCAUUUAUAUGAACAUUUCAUGUAUGAUCCCUCCUCAAAAGAACAUGUCACUCCCACAGAACAUGAAAUACACGAAUUUACCCGAAAUCUCUAUGAACUAGAAAUGCAACAUAAUCCGUAUUUAGCGAAAGUUAAUUUUCAGGGUAAAACCAAGGCCUCCUAUCGUGAUGAUAGAGCACCACAACCUCUCUUACAGGUCAAUGAAGAUCUGCUGUCUUUAAACGAUGUCAAAACUAUAGCUUUAAUGCGUCGUUUAUUUGAUAACUAUGAAUUGGAUACCCAUGCCAUUGAACAGGUAACACCCGAAGAGGAACAAGAAGAAUUGGAUUUUCUUAAAGCUGUCCUCGAUACACCCAUUAUGAAGAAAACUAUGAAAUUUUUGGAAUUUAAAGGAGCUGUAACCAACAACUAUAAUACACAAUUACAACUCUUAAAAGACACCUGGUUCAUACAGUACUCUCGAGGCCAAGGACGUAUUGGUAGUUCGGGCUUCGAACAUGUUUUCAUGGCAGAAAUACGUGAUCACAAUGUUUUAGGUCUACACAAUUGGGUGUAUUUUAAUGAACAGGAAAAAUUGGGUAAUUUGGAUUAUAAAGGCUAUAUCAGUAAAGUGGAUUUGGAAAAGGAUUCCCAUUAUCUUACAGCCAUUCGUUUUAAUUUUCACAAUAUAAACAAAGCCUAUAACACUUUACUAGUGGGUACUUCACCGGAAUUGGAAUUGAGUUUAUACACCACUUGCUUUCUCUUGAGUGUGGGUAAGCCCUGCUCUGUGCCAUAGAAAAGUAAUUUAAGAAAUAACUAUGUCAUUCUGAAUGCAAAUUUUUUAUAAAAAUGAGGCUUUUUUCUUUUAAGUAUAUAGGUUUUUUUUGUAUAUUUGAUUAAUUUAUAAUAAAUUAAAUUUAUUUAUAAUUUUUUUAUUUAAAUAAAACUUAUUACAUAACACGAUUAUUACAAUAUUCAUAUAUAAUGUACAGCUGUAUUUUUAAAAAUCGAAUAAAUUUAAAUAGAAUUACAUACUCGAACCGAA